CAAAACCAAUCGAAGACACUAUCAUCGCUUGUAUUCAAUUGGAAGAUGACAUCAAAAAGGUAAUUAACGAUAUCACAAAUGAUUUGCCGGUAACAUUCAACAUGAUUUGUGCUUCAACUAAAAAGUGUUCAAAUCUCCAAGAUCUUAUAAAAUUCUUACAAACUGGUAAGUGGCCAAAUUAAAAAUCUUCUGCUAUUCAGUGUUAUUUUACGAGAAAACAAGAUUUAAGUAUUGUUGUUGAUUGUGUUAUGUACGAGGAGUGUAUUAUAAUACCAGCUGUUUUUGAAAACCCAUUCUAAAAGAAUUACACAAAGGUCAUCAUGGUAUCGAGAGGACAAAGGCACUGGCUCGCAGCUACGUUUAUUGGCCCCAUAUGGAUGAUGAAAUUAAAAGAUUCAUUUUCGAAGUGGCCACAAAUUUAUCAAAUUAAAUCGAUUUCUUCAAAUUCAAUUAUAAAUUGUAUGCGCGAUUUCACUUCAUUGUUUGGAAACCCUGAAUUAAUAGUGAGUGAUAAUGGAACUCAGUUCUCCAGCAGCAUGUUUUCCAAGUUUUGUCAAGAAAAUGGUAUUUUACACAAAUUCACAGCUUCAUACCACCCUCAAUCAAAUGGUCAGGCAGAAAGGUUCGUUGACACUUUAAAGCGCGCUUUGAAAAAACUCGAAGGAACUGGCACUUCUAGUGAAAAUCUACAAACAUUUUUAAAAUGUUAUCGUUCUUCACCAAAUAAAUCGCCUUCUGAAUUGUUCGUGGGGAGAAAAAUAAGGUUUAAUCUAGAUCUACUUAAAAAACCUACAAAAUCCCAAUUACAACGAAACGAGAAAAUGGAAGAUCAAUUUAACAAACGUAAUAGUGCUAAAAAGCGGAUAUACAACAUUGGUCAGAAAGCUUACACAAAAUUAUACAAAUUAAAUAAAUCUGAAUGGUUCCCAGGUAUUAUCAAACGAAAACUUGGAAAUGUCAAUUACGAAGUCGAAAUCGAAAACAUUCCCGAAUUUCGUGCAGUUAGGUCUCAUACAAACCAACUAAGACCUCGUUAUUCUGAAUCUGAGAACAUAGCAGCUAAUGAUGUUUUAUUUGAUUAUUUCAAUUUAACAGCUCACUGAUGGACAGACUACAUCUACAGAUGAAUUGCAACCUGUUCAAGAUCCACUUCUAGUUACUUCACCAUAUGGUUCAACAAACGUGAAUAGUCAACCGACAACUUUAGAAAAUUUAACGUCAACAUUAGAAGAAGGUGCAUCGACUAGUAAUUCAACAACAGAUCCUGUAGUUCAAACAGAUGAAGCU